GUACUAUUAUGAAGAAGACAAGAAAGACAUGUUACCCGCUCACAGAAAGAAAGAAAACUGGUACAGAGAUCUAACCAGGGAUGAAGCAGUUGAGCUGCUGAGCGGCCGUGAAGACGGAACAUUUCUUUGUCGUCCCAGCAGCCAGCCAACAAAGCAUCCAGAAGGAGGGAUACACAUGCACACAAUAGACAUUGUGUGUGAUGGGGUGAAGCAUGUGAAGGUGAUAAUG